AUGCGACAGCGCAAUGAUAGCGAAUUCAUCGAUUUAUUGAACAGCUUACGGGUAGGUGAACUGACGACGGCUCAGCUGGAAUUACUAUGCGAGCGGCGCCACGUGCCUAUAAAUGGUGAAUUUGCGGAUGGAGUCGCCGUUCGUAUCUUUCCCACGGUCAGGCAAGUCGACGAUUACAACGACAAAAUAACCAAGGAAAAUGCAAAGCUGCACCGAACUUAUUUAAUCAACGCAGUGGAUGAGUCGCGUGAAGUAGCGACAUAUGGUAGAAAACCACCAGAGAACGUGAUUCCCAAAGACGUCAAUAACUGUGGUGGUCUUCUGCCAUCGAUAAGAAUUAGCGUCGAAUCUCGAGUGAUGUUGAGACGCAAUAUCUCCGUCUCUGAAGGGCUAGUAAAUGGAGCUAUGGGUAUAAUAAAAAAAAUCAAAUGGCCGGCCUUGAGGAGAGAUCAACUGGAGGAUGGAGAGCUACCAGAAGCCGUGUACGUUAAAUUUGAUGACGAAACUAUCGGUCGCAGGCUAAAAGAUAGUAAUGGUUGCGUACCCAUACCUCCAUCAAGUACUACAUUACAGGCAGUAAGGGGUUACGGAGAUGUGGAGCGCCGUAUGCUGCCUCUAAUAUUAAGCUGGGCAGUUACAGUUCACAAACUACAGGGUACGACCCUCGAAAGAGCUGUGAUUGACCUUGGAAAGAAAAACUUCGCAAAAGGGCAAAUAUAUGUGGCACUAAGUCGUGUUAAAAGUUUGGAAGGCAUAGCUUUAUCAGAUUUGGACGCCAACAAAUUAUUAAAUAAACCACACGACGACAAAUCGUUGAAAGAAAUGACGAGGUUACGAAAUCUGUCUUCCGACAAUGAAGACCACGCAUAA